ACAACCACGAGCCAUGCGAGGGCCGUCGGCCGGCACAGUGCGAUGGCUGCUCCUCAGCGACCUCCACUUCAAGCACCAUGACUUGGACCGGGUGCGGCAGACGGCGCAGUGGAUCGUCGCGGAGGCGGAGCGAAACCAGGUCGCGCGGGCAGUGAUAUGCGGUGAUCUACUGACGAGCCGCACGAUGCAGCCAGCGCAUGUGCUAUCUGCGUGUUACCGCUUCAUCGGCCUCCUGAGCGACGCCGUGCCGCGAGUCCACAUCGUGCUUGGGAACCAUGAUCUCGCCUACCGUCGUGACUACCAGACUACAGCCCUUGACGCCCUCAACAUCAACCGCCUGACCCCGUACAUAUCGUUACAUAGCAACGUCGCCCACCACGAGUGGGACCGCCGCCGCGUCUUGCUGCUGCCGUUCAGAGAGGAGCAGAACGAGCUGACCGAAGCCGUGGCUGCUCUGGGUCCCGACAAGGCAAUCCAGACGGUUGCCUUUGCCCACCUCGCAAUCAACAAGGCCAUCACGCAGCGGUAUGUGGUCGGGGCUGGCGUAGACAAUCCCCGCGGUGCAAACUCCAUUACACACCGCGGUAUGAUGGGCCCGGAUCGGUUUGCCUCGCUGGCCAGGACUGAGGUCGAUCUGCGGGGGAGCGUCACGUAUCUGGGCUCGCCCUUGCAGCUGAGCUGGGCCGACCUCUAUGACGAGCAGCGGGGUGUCGUCUUAUUCGAUCCGGAAACACUCGAGCAUGAAAUGCUCAUCAAUCCGCAUGCCGUCGGUUACACAACAGCUGACCUGCGGCAAGUUCUUGACGGCCAGAUUGACGAGAGUGCCGUGACGGACAAGCAUGUCAUGCUCCUCGGCGAACUGACUCAUAUUAAGUACGUCACGGCUCGCGACAAGCUUCUCUCGCUAGGUGUGCGGAGCGUGCGGAGCUGGACUCCCAUGGGGUUUGCAUUUCACGCCAACCGCCCGUUAUUCGGCCUCGGCGCAUCGGUACCAGCAAGCGAUGCCGCUAUCCAGCCCUUAGAGGAGUCGGCUGAAGAUGCGAAGGGUCCAGAUAUAUCUAGCGACGGCGUUUCGAGUUCUGACCCUGGGACUGAACCUCGGGCUGCAAGGCUCGAUCUCGCUACGGAAGCUCGUGAGUAUGUCGAGUCACUAGAGCUAGACGAGUCUCUUCUCUUGCGACGAGACGAGUUGGUGCGGGUUGGCCAGCGAAUGAUCCAAGUCUCCCGCGAUGUCGCAGAUCAGGAUGACGAGGCCAAGAUUAAUCACCAAGACUUCCUCGAUAGGUCAUAUCAAGCUGUCGGUACAAGGACUGCCACUGAGAUGGCAGGGCCCUCUACCCACGUCUUCGUCGCCGAGCCGCGCAAGCUCACAGUCACCAACUUCCUUGGCGUGCAGAGCACCAUCACCAUCGACUUCCGACAGGACCUCCCGCGCGGAUUGACCUUCCUGGUCGGCGACAAUGGCUCCGGCAAGAGUACGCUCGUCGAGGCCAUAGUUUGGUGCCAGUUCGGGCGGUGCAUUCGCAGCGGGCUGGCGGUCAACGACGUCGUCAACGACAAAGUGGGCAAGAACUGCUCCGUGAUACUGGAGUUCGCCAAUGGAUACACCAUCGCGCGGCAUCGCAAGUACAAGGACUACGGCAACUCCGUCUCCAUCUCGCUUCACGGCGAGCAGCAGCUGCAGCUCGAGCACCCGAACGCGCGCACAACGCAGGCGGCCAUCGACGAGCUGCUGGGCACUGACUACGAGACAUACGUUAGAACGGUCGUACUGGGCCACGAGAGCGGAGCGAGCUUUCUGAACUCGACACCAGCGCAGCGGCGCAACUUGAUCGAGGCUUUGCUCGGACUGUCCGUGCUGGAUCAGUGCGGGCAAGUGUCGAAGCUUUUGCUCAGGAACGUCAACAACGGCGUGGAUGAGGUGAAGAGCAAACUAGAAAUCUUGCUCCGGACGAUGGAGCACGUCGAAUGGAAGCUGGAAGAUGUGAACCGGACAAAGAAGCGACUGGAGGAGGAGGCCAAUGAGGCUGUCGCAUCUUUGCAGGCGGCUAUUGGAGAGCAUGCCGCUGCCGAAUUACGAAUGGAUAAACAAGGACCUUCCAACGGAGAGGAUACACAGUUUGGACACGAACAUCCCGAAUUCGACACAGAAAUCGCAAGUCAGUUCCGCGUUCAAAUUUCGACGUUGCAGGAUCAAAUCCACCAUGAGCAGGAGAACCUUCAACGGCUGGAGACCUCAUAUGCCCGGAUACAGGAACAGAAGAAUCCCGAGCCGACGUCAUGGCUUGGCCGCCUACAGCAGCGUCUAAGUCAAAGGUUUGAGGCUAUGGCUGUUGCUCACCCCGUAGGCUUGCGCAAGCUCCUACAUGCUGCGAAGAUGUCCAUCCUCCGCUUCCGAUUGAUGGCUGUCGGCGGCCUGUUGCGCAUAUUCGGGUUUCCAAGGGACGGGACCAAUGUCCAAGACCACAUCCAAGACGCAGCCAUCAACAAGCUCCGCGACGAUAUCAAGAACAGCACGUCGCGGCUGCAGAGUCUAAAACACGAGGCGACCAGAGUCAUUGCCCUAGAAAAACUCGCAAUCGCUACGAACAACACCGUAAUGAUGAACGAGAAGCUCGCGCAGGCCUUCCAGACUCAAAAGACAUGCGCAGCCCUACAGCAGCAGGUCACGCUCAAGCAGGGUGAGGUAGCCACGUACACGCACCUAGUCGAAACCGAGCAGUCGUCUCUACACCUGCUACGCUCCGAACAUGACGCGCUGGCCACCAGACUUCAAGAGCUCGCUGCUGAUCGCGAGCUCUUCGCCUUUUGGUCCUCCGCCCUGGCGAAGCGCACCCGGCAAGCCUCUUCGUAUUCCUCGACCAGAUACACGGCGAAAGAAACGAGCAACUUCCGCGAGUACGUCCUCAUGAAGUCGUUAUCAGAACUCAAUGCGCUUCUAGCGCAGGUCCUUACGGUGCUGUACGAUGACACGCGGCACCCGCGUGCUUUAGCAACGGGGAUGGUGCAUUCGCUAUUCGACGAUGAAUCUGUCGACACCAGGAUCAAUACAUCCUUACCAUUCUCGGGGUCUGUCUUCGAUCGCACGCUUACUUUCCACCCCUCGCUCGCCUACGGCAAGCGCUCGGGCGGCGAGCGUAAGCGCGUCGAUCUCGCGCUCUUCUUCGCACUACUGCAGCUGGCGUGGGCGAGGAGCGCGCACCACGCGCACUACGUGCUCAUCGACGAGGUAUUUGAUAGUCUGGACGAGGCGGGCCAGGCGGCCGUAGUCAGGUGGUGCGGGCUCAUGUCGCAGACGGUAGCCAGCUGGAUCGUGGUGAUCACCCACAGCCGGUUCUUGGUCGAGCGAGAUUGGGAGCAAGACAUAGGUAAGGCUUUGGUUGUGAGGGCAAGGAUGGGACAGGGGGGUACUGAGCUGGUUGUCGAUGGACGGAGGAUUGGAGUUCAAGACGAGGCUUGAGCAGCCUGAUGAGGAUUGCUACAUCGUUGGUUUCCAGGGAAGGGGACACUGUUCAAGCUUGUACCCGGCCACUUUCCCCAUCAAUAAUAUAUAAUAUUAAGGCCGCAGCACCGGCCGCUGCGGCCCCGUAGGGAUGCCCCCCUACAGCUCCUCUAAGACCCAGAGGCAGCUGCGGCCGGGAUGAAGGGCAAAUGCACAACCUGCAAUCCUGGACAAGGCUGGUGACGAGCUCACUAGUACGGACUUGAUGUCGACAACAAGCCGUUGAGGUAGCAGAGCGAAAUCGCAGCGGGGUUUUUAUCCUACAGCUAGUGAG